AUUCUGCUGCUCGCUUUUUAACUGCACGCAGCAGGCAGGCAGAAGCUAAGCAUGGCUGACCCUGGCACUGCAGAGACGAGCCGGGACGAGGAGUUUCUGAAGUAUCGCUCCCCGCUGGUGUCGCGCUAUGCCAGCAAGGAGAUGGCAUACAACUUCAGCGACAGAAAGAAAUUUACGACGUGGAGGAAACUCUGGAUUUAUCUCGCCAAAGCGGAGAAGGAGCUGGGCCUGCCGAUCACAGAGGAGCAGAUCCAGGAGAUGGAGACGAACGCCGAGCUGAUUGAUUUCAAGAUGGCGGCGGAGGAGGAGAAGCGGUUACGUCAUGACGUGAUGGCGCACGUCCACGCCUUCAGCCACUGCUGUCCCAAGGCAGCCGGGAUCAUCCACCUGGGAGCCACGUCCUGCUACGUGGGAGACAACACUGAUCUCAUAGUUCUCCGUGAUGGGUUUGAUAUCCUGUUACCCAAGCUGGCUCGUGUGAUCAGCCGUUUGGCUGAUUUUGCUGAGAAGUAUGCAGACUUACCCACGCUGGGCUUCACUCACUAUCAGCCGGCCCAGCUGACCACCGUGGGGAAGCGUGCCUGUCUGUGGAUCCAGGACCUCUGCAUGGACAUGAGGAAUUUGGAGAGAGCCAGAGCGGAGCUUCGUUUCCGGGGGGUCAAAGGAACCACGGGCACGCAGGCCAGCUUCCUGCAACUCUUUGAGGGGAACCAUGAUAAGGUUGAAGAGCUUGACAGACUGGUAACAGAAAUGGCUGGAUUCAAACGGGCGUACCUGGUGACCGGACAGACGUACAGCCGCAAGGUGGACAUCGACUCCCUGUCUGUGCUGUCCAGCCUGGGGGCCACCGUGCACAAGAUCUGCACCGAUAUCCGUCUGCUGGCCAACCUGAAGGAGCUGGAGGAGCCCUUUGAGAAGGACCAGAUUGGCUCCAGCGCCAUGGCGUACAAACGCAACCCCAUGCGCUCGGAGCGCUGCUGCAGCCUGGCCCGCCACCUCAUCACCCUGAUCAUGGACCCGCUGCAGACCGCCGCUGUGCAGUGGUUUGAGAGGACGCUGGAUGACAGCGCCAACAGGAGGGUUUCCUUGCCCGAAGCGUUCCUCACGGCGGACAUCAUCCUGAGCACGCUCCAGAACAUCUCCGAGGGGCUGGUCGUCUACCCCAAGGUGAUUGAGAGACACAUCCGUCUUGAGCUGCCCUUCAUGGCCACUGAGAACAUCAUCAUGGCCAUGGUGAAGGCAGGAGGCAGCCGACAGGAUUGUCAUGAGAAGGUUCGUGUCCUGUCCCAGCUGGCGGCCGCUGUGGUCAAACAGGAGGGCGGAGACAAUGACCUCAUCGCCCGAAUUCAGGCUGACCCCUACUUCACUCCCAUCCUGGGACAGCUCGACUCCCUCCUGGACCCCAAAACCUUCACUGGACGAGCCCCCCAACAGGUUAAAAAGUUCCUGUCCGUGGAAGUGCGCCCCCUGCUGUUGCCGUUUGAGAGCGAGAUGAAUGUGAAGAUCGAGCUGGAAAUCUGAACGCACUGGAGUUUUGUUUUCACAAUAAAAGCUUCCUGGAUGAACAGUCGAAGUGCGAGGCCGUGUGAUUUGUGUUGUAUGAAGCAGGAAAGACAUGCUGUCCCCUUUAUUUAGGAUCUAGAAACACUUUAGGAGAUUUUAUCAAGGAGCACCUCCACACAGGCCAUGUCCUUUAUUUAAAUACAGCCCAUGAAUUGACGUUUAAUAGAGGCAGGGACGUUUGGUUUUGGUUUAGCCGUCUCGUUGUCAAUCAACCAAUUAAUUGUAUAAAAAAAAAACAGAAAUCAAUACCGAAGA